UCAAGUUGUUUUCAAAAAUUUUCUAUAAAAAAUAAUUCAGAAUGGGAAUAAAACCAUGUGCAUUUUACAUGUAUAAAUCAGCUUAAACAUGCAUGUAAUUUGAUUAGUUACAGUUAAAUAUAUUCACCAAACAUAUUAAAGUGAAUUCCUAAAGGAACAGCAGCAUUAUUAUAUAAUCAUCUAUAGAAAUCACCUGGAAAUAUGAUAUUGUUGUUAAAAGGUCAUUCAAGGUUGCCAGCUGGAAUUGAUUGCAUUAUCUGCAUGGUUGAUAGAUUGUUGAUGUAAACAUAAGGUGGUGAAGAAUCACCAUGAACUUUUUCUACAGAUAUGACAUUUUUGUGCUGAUUUAAAUCCACUUUUUUGGGACAUUUUCUUGUACAAUGAGUGUUACAUGCAGAUUGCCAUUUAAGUUCUGAAGUAAAUUUUUUUGUUUACAUUGAUUUUGGAUUGUAUAUGCAAUAAUGAUUGAACUAGCUGCACUACUGAAAUCCAGUAAUAAGAAAAUACUAAACCUAACUAACUGAAACAGGAUUUAAUGUGGUUAAAGCUAACUUGUGUUAUAUAUAAAGUAAACCAAUUAUUUAGUUGAUCGAUGAAUUAUAUUUUUUCAUCCCAGCGUUACUUUCUUGUAACAUUUUCACAUAAACUUUUUAAUUGAUCGAAAGUUGUACCUAGGGAUAUGGAAGAAUUACUUAUAUAUUACUAUGGAUUAUCAGUGUAUUCCUUCUUUCAUAUUGAUUUAAAGCAUACAUUGUGAUCAAAUCAGAAGAUUGGUACCUGCACAAUUUACAGUUAGGAGUUAAUGGUUAAAUAUUGAAAAUUUAAUCCAUUGUAAGAUAUUUAAUUCUAUAUUGUAUGGAUGACUGGGAAAAAAAUAGACCGAUUUGCUUGCAGUAAUUUUACGUAUACAAAGAUCUAUUAAAAUCUACUUGGCAAAUGAUUACAAGAUAUUUAUAUACCUUUGUUUAGAACAAAUGUUAUUCAACUGCUUAACAAAGUGAACGAAAAAACAGCUUUGUCAAGUGUAUUUUGUAUUCAUUUGAAAUUUUAGAGGAUAAGAAUUUUUAUUUUUCCACAUUUCUGUAUAUAUACUCACUGUGAUUUCUUUACACAGGGAAAUAUCUAAGGAAGUGAGUAUGUAUUGAUUUCUUCAAAAAUAUUAAAUGUACAUUGUACAAUUUACUUAUUUGACCGACAAAAUAGCAUUUAAAUAUGACAUUGAAGAGACCCAUUGCAAUAAUAAACUUCACUUUAAUCAAUAAUAAAAUUUUAUUUGCUGUGCAUUUCUAUUGAGCAUAAGAUAUAGAUUAUAAAAGCUUACAGGCAAAGGUAAAUCAUCUCACGUGGGAUCAUUUAUAGAACUGGGAUUAUCUGUCAGUAAUAAUUUUGAUCAUAGGAUAUAUUGGUUAAAGCCAUAUCACUCUUGUUCUUGCUGAUGAUGCCAUAACUAUUUACUAUAUCAUACUUGAAAAAUGACUUCUUAAUACCUUCUUCAUGGAUCAAAUAGAAGAUUAUAGAACAUGACAAAAUUCAUGCCAUCUUUAUCUGUGAUUUGUUUUUGGAUCUUAAAUGAAAUUUGAUUUCUGACUGUGGAGGAAUUAUAGUGUUUUAAUAUCAAAAUGAGCAAUUAUUUGAAUGUGCCGGAACCCAGCAGGAUGAAACAAAGGAGAAGGUCUUUAGCCACCCCGGGUGCUCUCAUUACUAUCCCGGAUAAUGAUGAACCUGUGGAUUUUAAUGAUGAAAAUUUUGAUGAUGCAGCAUUAAGGAAAAUGAUACAAAAGCAGAAUAAGAGACGAGGGUCCUGUCCUAUAAAUCCUCAGUUUCAGAUGAUAAGUGAGUCAAGCAAGGACCUCAGUGCGUUUGCUGUACCUUUGAUGGAUACAGGUGUGAAAGAAAUGACACCAAGCAAUGACUUGGCAGAUGGAGAUUUUAGACCACGGUCAGGGUCAACAGGAUUACGAGGACUGUUUUCUAGAAAAAAUAGACAGCGAAAACAUUCAGGUGAUUCAAAUGCUAAAGAAACUGCACCAAGUACAUCAAAAGUGCAAAAUUUUUUAGAUUCAUUCAGACCUCGUGCAAAAUCUGAUCUUUCAGGAAUUAAAAAACCAGGGAAAAAGGUGAUUCCAACAGUAAAAAUGGACGAGUCUAUGGAUGAAUCAACUUUACGUGAUGCUUUGACUAAUAUGCAAACGGAUAAAACAGCACCAAAUACUCCUAUGGGACAAAUUUUAGAAAAACAAUUACUAUCACCUACAAAUAAUGUUAAACAACGUCAUCUCUCAGGGAAUGAGCCUCGUGAUAGUUUUAUGUCACGGUUUAGACCGAGGUCAAAUUCUGAUUCCAAAGCCAAGUCCCCAAGGAAGAUGCUUACAAAACAGUUUGCAUCACUUAUUCAGAACAGUACAGACAGCGCCACACCACCAGGCAGUCCUCUAUCACCACUCAAGGCAUUGGCAAAUAGUCAUGAACCAAAGUCAGCACCACCUAUCAGGAAUCAUGAACAUACACAUGCCAUCAUUUUCAAACGGGAUGAUUCUGUUAGGAUGCCAUACCAAGGUUCAAUUCACGAGGAGUUUUCAUUGGAUUCAGAUCUAGAUAAAUUAGAUAUAGAAGAUUUAGAUGAAAACACGGAGCAAGCAUUUGCAAAGUUCAUGCGAGCCCAUAAGUGUUAUGACCUUAUUCCCACUAGUGCCAAACUUGUUAUAUUCGACACAUUAUUAAAUGUGAAGAAAGCAUUUUUUGCCCUUGUAUAUAAUGGUGUGAGGGCAGCACCUCUCUGGGAUAGUUCAAAACAAGAUUAUGUAGGCAUGUUGACAAUAACAGACUUUAUAUUGAUUUUACAUAAAUACUACAAAUCACCUUUAGUAAAAAUGGAUGAAUUAGAAGAACACAAAAUUGCUACCUGGCGAGAGGCCCUAUCAGAGAAAAUCAAACCAUUUGUAUAUAUAGAACCAGAUGCUAGCUUAUAUGAUGCAGUGAAAACGUUGAUAAGUAAUCAUGUACAUAGACUGCCUGUGAUAGACCGGGUGACUGGCAAUGCCCUGUAUAUACUGACACAUAAACGCAUUCUUAGAUUUUUAUACUUAUGUAUAAAUGAAUUACCAAAACCAGGUUUUAUGCACCAAACAUUAGAUGAGCUUAAUAUAGGAACAUUUCAGAAUGUUGUAACAGCCAAAACUUCAACACCUGUGAUAGAAGCAUUAAAUAUGUUCGUAAACCACAGAAUAUCAGCUGUCCCUGUAGUAGAUGACCAAGGAAAAGUUGUUAAUAUUUAUGCAAAGUUUGAUGUUAUUAAUUUAGCAGCAGAGAAAACCUACAAUAAUUUAGAUAUUACCAUAGACCAAGCUUUAAAGCACAGACAUAAAGAGAGUUGGUUUGAAGGUGUGGUAAACUGUCUGGUGACUGAUAAGUUAGAAGAUGUCAUUGUAAAAUUAGUACAAGCUGAGGUUCAUCGCUUGGUAAUAGUUGAUGUUGAAACACAUGUAAAGGGCAUUGUAUCACUGUCUGAUAUUCUUACAUUCUUAGUCCUGAAGCCUAUGGGUUAUGAACCCAACAAAAAAUCUUGAUAUCUGUGAUAAAACUAAAGGAACUGCUGGUGAAUAUAAGAUCUCAAAACAUCAACAUAACUACCUUCCUAUGUCAAGGACAGAAUGUAAUCACUGCUGUGAUUGGUCAAGUGAGGAAAGCUAUCCAGCAGAAAAUGGGUUCCAUUAUUGUGAUUUAUUGAAGAUGUCUCAGUUGAGAGGACAUUUCAUUGAUGAUAUUGUCUUUCACGAUGCAUGGCAUUAUGGAGUAGUAAACCUGUCAGAUGAAUUCUGAGGAUUAUGUACUAAUAGCAGAUCAUUCCUUCAAUAGAUAAUAGUGUCUCUUCUUUCUUCAUUAACUUCUGAAAAUAAACAGUCAUUUUUGUAUUCUAAAAUAUAGAAUAUUCAUCUGCAGCAAAGAAAAUUAUAAUAUGAAAUUAUUGCUGAUUGUGCUAAUAUCAUGGAUUUAUUUCACAUCUAGGACAGUUAAAUUCACUUUUUUCGUUAUUUGAUUUAUAUUAUCUUCCAAUCAUAUUUAAUCAAAAGUGGAUUCAUAUAUGAAAGGAAAUGGUUUCACAAAUAUUACAAAUAAUUUUUGUGGGACUGAAUUCUCUCUAGUCGCGCAUCAGUUUUAACAUAACUCUCAUCAUUAGAAUUUUGAAAAGAAAUUAAAACUAUAAUACAUACAUCAUGGAUUCAUUGUUAAUCAUAUUGGAAUGAAAUUCAUAAAUAACAAAAAUUAUAUGCAUAAGUAAAUUACUAAUAGAAAAUACCCACAGUUUUCUCAACAUAUUAUAUUUUCUACUGCUUUGAAUAGUUUAAGAAUGUUUAAUCAAUCUUAUUUCAGUUGAAGUUUUUUUAUGAAGUUUAUGGACAGACUAUGGAGUUUUAUUGUGACUGUAAUAUCCACAGUCUGUUUUUUUGGCAGAUAAGGAGUUUUAGUGUAUAUUAUUUUCAGAGUCUAUUUAUUGGCAGACUAGGAAUUUUACUGUGACUAUAAUUUCCAGUCUGUUUAUUGGCAGACUAGGAGUUUUACUGUGACUAUAAUUUCCAGUCUGUUUAUUGGCAGACUAGGAGAUUUACUGUGACUCCCACAGUCUGUUUAUUGACAAACUAGGAGUUUUACUGUGACUGUAAUUUCCAGUCUGUUUAUUGGCAGACUAGGAGUUUUACUGUGACUAUGAUUCCCAGUCUUUAGUGACACAGUAGGAGUUUCAGGUCUGAUAUUUCCAGAGUCUGUUUAUGGACAAACUUAGACUUUUACUGUGACUGUAAUUUAUUGACAAACUAGGAGGUUUACUGUGACUGUAAUUUAUGAACAAACUAGGUGUUUUACUGUGACUUUAAUUUCCAUGGUCUGUUUAUGGUCAAAUGAGGAGUUUUACUGUGACUGUAAUUUAUUGACAAACUAGGAGCUUUACUGGUCUGUAAUUUCCACAGUCUGUUUAUUGACAAACUAGGAGUUUUACUGUGACUUUAAAUUCCCCAGUCUGUUUAUGGACAAACUAGGAGUUUUACUGUGACUGUAACUUCCACAGUCUGUUUAUGGACAAACUAGGAGUUUUACUGUGACUCUAAUUUCCACAGUCUGUUUAUGGACAAACUAGGAGUUUUACUGUGACUCUAAUUUCCACAGUCUGUUUAUUGACAAACUAGGAGUUUUACUGUGACUGUAAUUUGUUUAUAAUGAAUCUCACUAUUGUCAAAUUUUACUAUUUAAUUUAUUUAGAUUAUUUAUUUUGUCUAUGUAAUGAGAUGUUUUAUUUUUGUAAUUCAGAACAUCCAUAUUAACUUGUGCGUAUCACAAUAAUUGUAAGAUGUGAUUUUCAUGCUUUCUGCAUUCUAUUUUGUAAUUGUAUUUUAGCUGUCAUUUGAGUUCACAAAUUUAUCCAAGUCUCUAGCAUGAUCAGCAAAACUCUGAUUUAGGCAUUUACAUUCUACAGCAACCUUGAUGAUAGCUUUCCUCUCUUUGUCACAUUUUAGUUUUCCACACUUUAUUUAGUAACUGGUUGAGAUGUUUGACAAGAUAUUUUAAAAUAAUGUCAGUUUUGAAGGGGUGGGUGUUGAGAACUCAUUUGAGUUUGGACAAUCUUUUUUACAUCUGGACCCUUGAACUUAAAAUUUGAUUAACAGUUUUUUACUUUUUUUUCUGAAUUACUACAGAAAUUAAUAUGAGAUUUGGUAUAAAACAAGUUAUCAAUAGUGCUGAAUUCUUUUCUUUUUUUUCACAGAAUUAUGCAAUUUUGAUUUUGAUUUUUUAAAAUAACAGGUUUCUGCACUUUUUUCCUGUAAUGUUCAGGUAUUACCAUCAAUAUGAAAAGUAUGGGUUAAUCUACUUUUCACAGAAUUACAGCCUUUUAGUAUUGAAUUUAAAGAAAUUAAAUGGUUUUUACACAUUUUUCUCAAAGUUUAUCAAAUUUAUGAUAUAAAAUGAUUUAGUGUGGUACUCUGUUAUUCACAUUUAGAAUAGUUACAGGUUUUAUGGAAUGAUGCCCCCUUUUUUUCCAUGAACUUCAAAAAAUAUAUUAUCAAUGCUCAUCUUCAGAUAUUACUGCGGGCAACUAAGAUACGUGUUGCCUAGAAUUUCUUUAUAGCAAUUCAUACAAUAAAGUUGGAAGUGGAAUUUAUAUACUAUUAUUAGUAUCACAAAGGAUUGUAGCAUACAUUAUAACUUUUUAUGAUAUUUGAAGCAAUUGCUUUGUUUAAGAAGAUAUUUUAUCAUAUAUAAAUGAAAAACAAGUAUACUGUUCUUAUCUUUCAAAGAAUUAUUUUUGUAAAUGCACAAUUUAUAUUUAGGGAUGUUUAGUCCUGGUGCCUGACCGUUUCACUAAGGGUACAUAUAGUACUUUUAAAAUAAAAAUGGCAUUCAUUUUUAAUAAUUUUUCCAGGUCUUUAUAUUUUAAAAAAUCAAAACUAGUUUCACAUCGUUAGACAAUGUUUUUUGUAAUACUGAUUCUCUGUUUUUGCAGCUUUCACAGCGACAUUCAUGUGAGAAUUUGUUUGUGAUGUUAAAAGAAAUAGUUAUUUAUUUCUAUCAACAAUGAAAUAACCGUGUUAUAAAAAAAGCCACCCUCCUUUUUUUAAUCAGUAUUAUCAAAGAUAAUAUGUGGCUUUUGUUAUUUUUCCACAUUAGCAUGCACAUUGAUUACCUUUCAGUUCUUUUAUAAAGUUUAUUGAAAUAUAAAAAUUUAAAGGUAUUAAAAAAAUUUAAAUGCAGAGUUGGAAAGUUUUUCUGUAUCUGGUCGUUUAGUGAUGUACCAGUACUCUAAAUUUGAACAGAUUGGUUGAAUGAUAUAUCAGGGGAAGCAUUUAUUGACUGUAGAAGCUAUAAUAAAAAAAUGAAAAUACAAAAUUUGAGGUCAGGAGAAUAUGUUUAUUUGAUGACCUUGUUGUGAAUAUUGUACAUACGUGUAAUAUGUAUAUAAUAUGAUUUAUCAUAACUAUUCAGAAACUUCUGUUUUGUAGGAACAAUGACAAAAUAAUGAAUUGUUAAUUAAAAAUAAUGUGAAAAAAACAGAA